CCUGAUGCCUCCCGAUUCGCUCGUCGGGGUUUCGCUGCCUCAGGCGCCGAGUUACGCCUCCACCGCCCGAGGUUCUGCCGCAUUUAUCGCCUCAUCACGGUCAACGUCAACCCAGAGUGUGCUAAGAAUAUCAAAUACACUGAGCUUGCUGCUGGUACUAUUUGUCUGUCCGUUUUCCAUUACGGAUGUCCCUUUGGCCUUCAUGGCAGCUUCUCUGUAUUGAGCUCCUCCUUUUCCUAUAGCCCACCCUUACACUGGUCGCACGUCCGGCAUGACACAGCCCUGGCAGACAGCGAUCUCGUUACCCAGGCUGAGGACAAUCAGAGGCCAAGACUUUUUAUUUAUGUACCAUGGCGACAACAUUAUGACACACUGGGCUGCACUCCACAGCUAUAAAUACCAACCGCUACCCCAUGCAUUGAAGCCCAAAACCGAGUAUCUAUACCAAAACCGCGAUCCGAACACAUUAUGGUGGAGGGUGACUACAAAUCAUCUUUCGAUGAAAAAGGUUGUCCGAACUGGUUCCGCGAAGAAAAUACGCAAAGUUUUUCGCGAGGUUCUCAAACAGCAAGGGUAUGACGCUUAUGGUCGGCCUCUAGCACAAGAACAUCUGCCUGAAGGGGCCCGUCUUCGCAGUAAGCCUUUACGUGGAACUCUCGAGAUCCGGGUAGAACCGAGCGCAAUCACACAAAGAGAAUCAAACAUGAAAUCACAGAUGAUGGGACUGCUUUCGCGCACAAAUCGGGCUAUCAGCGACAUGGCGUCGGCAUGGGAGAAGCACGUCCCAGCUAAGUAACACCAUCAUUUAUGGUGCUGGAGGCAAGGACGAUGUAGGCGAGAAGUAUUUCUCUUCAAGUACACAUUUAUACCAAUAUCAGCAGCAACCAUCAAAUAAGAGAGAGUUUUCAAUAGCACUAUUGGCGUAAAAGAUAUAUUAGAGCUGGUCUGGAGGAAGGUAUUAAUAGUAGCAGUG